GCUACCACGCAACCAAUACAGGAAAUCUUACCUAUAAGUGACACUUUACCCACACCAAAGAAUUUACAGAGCAAGGAAUUCCCUACCAGCUUCCCUAUACCAGGGAACGGAAGUCUGCCACUGGGUAAAAUUGUAUUCAAAAAUGAGACUUUGUCAAAAUUUCCAAAACCAAAGACUCUACCUGACAAAGAAUUUCCGCUCAAUUUCCCUAUUCCAACGAACAGAAGUCUAGAAAUAGCCUCCACGAAUAAAACCUUAGAAACCUUCCCCUCACCAAAGAUUCUUCACACAAAAGAGUUCCCAUCGAACUUUCCUCUCCCAGGAGACGACAAAACCUUGAAUCAAAAGUCCGCUUCAGCCAAAGAGCUCUCCCACGUCUCUCCUAAGCCUUUAGAAUUCAAAGAAAAGGAUCUUUUAGAAGAUCUCGAAGAAGGAGAUAUCAAGAAGGAAGAGUCCACUGAUGCAUUGGCUCAGAAUGUUAGUUUAGCCAAUUUGCCAACAACGGACGAGUCUCCUGUGGGUACUUCAGCAACGAUCGCAGAUCAAGAGGAAAUCAAAAAGAUAGAUGUUACUGGAUUCAUCAGACCUGGCAAUCUUAGCGCUACUCCAGUGUUUUUAACAUUGAUUAAACGGCCAAAAGUUCCAACGUCGCAUUGGUAUGCGCUCCCCCAAAUCGAAAAUCUAACAGUAGGAGGGAAUUCUGAUCGCAACCUUAUUAUUGCUCUGCCUUCCAUUCAUUCUACGGGGAAGGCGAACAUUGAGGCGUCACCUAUAAACUCAAACCCCCUUGUUCUGAGUGUGCCCCUUUCUGGAAACCUGCCACUCAAUGUAACGAUAACCCGUAAGAAAAAGGUUAAGCGCCUUAGGUCAGAAAUGCGCAAUGAAAGGGAGCUUGAGGAAGAGUCCGCUACCACCAAAAGUAAGCCGAAAAAGGGAUUUCCACAAAAAAUAAGAAUGAUACCGAAAACACAACUCAAAAAAGUUGAUCAAGAAAGGCUUGAAACUUCUAUACCAGAAGUUAAUUUGGAGGAGGAGAUCCCUACAACCAAAAUAUUGCCUAGUGUUUUGGAAACUACAGCAGCCAAGGAUAAUUGGGCUAAAUCUGAGGAUGCACUUUUGACGGAUUCGAAAAAUGUGGACGCAGCUUUAGAACCUUCCACGGAGGCUACAACCGAAUGGGGAUAUGUGACCGCACCGGGUGAACGAACAGCAGCUCCAGAAGUUUUGCUUAGACAAGCCGCCGAAGAGGAAUUCAUCACGGCUCAGAAUGAACCUGUUCCUAUUGAGGAAAACCCACAGAUGGCAAGCGAAUUCCAGCCGAAAGAAUCUUUGGAGGAAAUGGAGCAGCAAUCGACCAACGACGGUCAGUUAUCGUUUUUUAUGCUUUACAGGUGUUAAGC